AUGGAGGCCAAGGCACAAUUCCCGCAUAAACAGAGUAAUGAUAUGCAUCUGACAAACUCAAGCUGCCCCCAAGCCCAGUCUGGUCGUCUUGUUGUUAAAAGGGCCCUUGCCCUGUGCCGUAAUAACCAGCCUUCACAGAGGAAGGACAAAAGAGAGCAGCAUUAUUCGCUGAAGGUUCUCUGUGCACAACAGCCCGCCCCGUCCUCAUUAAAUUCUCAUCUCCACGAACCAACCUUUGUUGGCUCAGUUUAUCCCGACGUCCCGGACAGAACUCAAUUUCCCACAUCCCAAAAGCUUCCGAGAUCCCGGUGGAAAAUCUUGCGCGUGUUGCUUGGAAACCAGAAUUGUUUAAAAAACAAGGGACUCUAUAAAUCACGAAAGAAGGCAGGGAGGGUGUCACAGCAGCGCUUCGAUGUUGUUCAUUAA